AUGGGCGAAUGCAGAACCAUUAUCCAGAUCCCACCAGCACCAGAGCUAGUGGACCAUAUUUGUCUUCGCAGUGUUCAGCUCCCUUUGCCUUCUGGCCCAGACGCAUGGCAUCGGUCGGGCCGGAGGCAGCCAUGUACCAUGUCGCUCAAGCUAUCCUGGUCCUCUGUAUCUUCCUCAGCCCAAGAGGACGAGGUCGCCUUGUCUCUGGAUUACGGAAAGCUUUAUCAACUCAUCGAGGAGCUCGUCCAGGAAUGGCCGAAUUUACGGGAAAGGCUAGAAAAUCAGAUCCCAGUCGUCAACCUGCAUGGGCAGCCCGUUCACGGGUCACUGCACAUUGAACGAGGACAAGACAUCUCCCUUCUUGCUGGGAAAAUUGCUAGCCUGGCUCUGGCAUACCUACAUGAAAGCAGUCUGGUCAUAAAUGGCCUACGGCCGGGGGCUGUGCAGCAAAACUUUGGGCAGUGUGAAGUCCGCCUACAUCUUCCAAAGGCUCUCCUUCGCGCGGAGGGUGGCCUGCUGCAUCGCAGUCUCCAUGCGCUGGGAUACAAUCGUGCGGAUGCUGUGGCAGCGGCCGUGAUGGAAGAUGGGUUCCAGAUCCAAAACAUUCGCUGCCAUUGCAUUAUAGGUGUCAACGCGCACGAAAGACUUCAGAAGCAGGCUGUUGUGGUAUCCCUAGAAAUCAAGGGCCGAGCAGAUGAUCAUUGGAGGGAGAAGUUUCUGAACACAUAUCAAGAGAUGACUAGGGUUGUUGCUGAGGAGGUGGACAAGACCACGUUCAAAUCAGUGGAGGCUCUAGUUGUCUUUAUUGCUCGUCUUGUCACGGUGGAUUUCGGCAAUGAACUGGUGACAGUGCGCGCCGAGAAACCCAACGCGUUGGCAUUCGCGGAGGGGACUGGAGUGGAAAUUACUCGCUCGCGCGAGUUCUUUGGUUGA